AAACUCUUUCAACAAAAAAUCAACACCCAUUUCAAUUCUCAAAUCCAAGCUCGGGAACAGAGAAGGAGAAAGAGAAUGGACGCCAUUGAUUCUGUGUUCGAUCCGUUGAGAGAAUUCGCAAAGGACAGCGUGAGGCUCGUGAAGCGCUGCCACAAACCCGAUCGCAAAGAAUUCUCCAAGGUUGCCGUGCGUACCGCAAUUGGUUUCGUUGUGAUGGGAUUCGUGGGUUUCUUCGUGAAGCUUAUUUUCAUUCCAAUUAACAACAUCAUCGUCGGAUCUGGUUAGGAUGAAGGGUACUACAAUCGCCUCAGGAAUUCAGGUUGUCAAGCAAAAGUAGGCAGAAAGAGUUCCCACAUCAAUAGAUCAUUCUAUGCCCUCAAUCUUAGUUCUGUUUUCAUUUUUGUUUUUUUUUCUCAUCUCAGGAAGUGUUACUUACUUUAGACGUAAAAUUUUAUGUAUCCUCUGUUAGACCUUGAUACAUUGUUUUGAUUUAGGAUAAGGAGGAAAAACAAUGUUGAAACUGUAGUUUUGUUUGAUUCUAUGUUAACUUUGCUUUAGAGUUUCCUUAUGAUGGCUUUUUAUUGGCCAUCGAACUGAAUCCGAGUUUAAAGUUUCAAAAGAAAAAAAGUUGAAGGUAUCUAGGGUGGGGGUCGCACUCCUUUGCAGAA